AUGGCCGUCCCGUCGAAUAUCUACCAGGACGUCAUCAAUUGGGCCCUCGCCCAGCAAGGGCACGAGGCGGCCAACGGCAGUCCCGUCACCCUACCUCCAGCACAAAGAAGGGCGCUCCUCGACUUACACCAGCUCACCAGACCUGCAUCGGCCAUCCCGACCGAGCCUGAAAUCGGUGAUACCAACUGGGUUGGCUUGCUCUUUCGCUACCGCCAGGCCAACCCACUGACCCCUGGCUCGGCAGACCCGCACGACAUGGCCUUCAUUGACGAGCCUGUCGAGCACUCGCCGGCCCCGCGCUGGGCAUGCUACGUCUCGAUCGCGGAGAGCGACGGGCCGUUUCCGGGCCCCGCCGGCGGCCUGGACCCGGCGACCGGUGCAACGCCGUCUUUUGCCCGCAAGAUGAACGCCAAGCAGUAUGCCGCCCGGUGCGCCGCCGAGUGGCUGAUGGCCCAGAACCUGAUGCCCUCGAACGGGAGGGACGUCAAGUUCCCGCGACCGACGGCACCUGCCAGGGAGAGCCCCGGCGCGAUGGAGGAAGAGGGGGGGAUGUCGUCGGAUUCGUCCUCGCCAUCUGUCUCGGCGUCCGUCUCUGCUCCGUCGCCAGGAGGAGCAGGAGGAGAAGUAGGAGGGGCAGGGGGCGGCGCAACGUUAAAUCCCAAGAACACUACACCCCCGGUAUUCUUCGAUGACGUCGAUGGCGACGAGCCGCGAUCGACACAACUGGUUUCGGACCUGUGCCAGACGCUCGGCUGGAGCCCGCCUUCGUACAAGCUUCUGCAGGAGGGAACGAGCGGCUACUGGUCUGGCUACCCGAUCUCUGACGAUAUCAACUACCGGCGAUUCCCGCAGAACCUAGGCUACGUCAGCAACGUCCUGGGCAAAGAGAACGCCAGGGAGAAGAUUGCCGAUGCGGUACUUGGGGAGCUGCGGAAGAUGGUGACCAAAAGGCAGGCCACGAUGCCUAAGUUCACGCCGACUGAGGAUGGUUCCUAUCGGAGAUUGAGUCAUUAG